CGAUUACUGUGUUGCCAAAUGCAACAAAAAAAAAUUUCAUGUCCGAAUAAUUUAGCGCCCGGUAAAUUCCUGAUGGAUUCUUUAACGGCAGGAUCAUCUUCCUUCAGGGCUGACGGUUAUUCCAACAAUCCCGGGAUGUACAUCCACACGACUGCAGAGUACGGAUAUUCAAUGGUGAGAAACAUUGGGAAGGUAGGACCAGCUUCCCUCUCGAAAGGAGACGAUGUGGCUCCGGGCGGUGUCCCGCUCAGCGGCUUCCAGGAUGGCCCCUACCUGUCGGCCCCAUGGACACAGGGCUCCAAACCCAGUGGGGACGAACAACCUGUUGCCCAGUGUUUACAACCCUGCUCGUUUCCAGCGGGCAACGUCAAAGAGGAGGCGUUUUGUUGCCUCUAUCGGGAUGAUGGCAGCAAUAAGGGGAAGCAGACAACAGAGUCGGCCACUUACAUCCGGCUCGGGGACAAUAGCUGCCGGCCUGAGCGCAGCGCCUCGUCCAGCGGCUGUUUCCAGGUGUACAACGGAGAGAGGCCGCAGCAGGACGACCAGCAGUUCCCCUCCGGCUUCUCUCUGACCCACUUGGAGACUUCUGUUGAAUUAGCAUCGAAAUCGACAAUGAGUUGCAAUAAAUUGGAGCUUUCAAACACAGAUGAGAGUCAGAAGAGAACGGAAGAGAAGGCCAAGAGUGACAGCUGUUCAGAUAACUCGGACGGGCAAUUAAAAGAUGAUUUAUCCGAGGAAAAGACUACGGGAAGCUGGUUGAAAGCCAAAAGCGGAAGGAAAAAGCGCUGUCCCUACACAAAGCACCAGACGUUGGAGCUAGAGAAGGAGUUCUUGUUCAACAUGUAUCUGUCUCGGGAGCGCCGCCUGGAGAUCAGUCGGAGUAUCAACCUGACCGACAGACAGGUCAAGAUCUGGUUCCAAAACAGACGCAUGAAGCUCAAGAAGCUCAACAGGGAGAGCCGAGGAAGGGAGCACAGUGCAGUGUAUAACUAUUCUUGAAGACGUUUCUCACACACGCACUCAAACACACGCACAUACAUACACGCACCCACCAACACACACACACACACACACACAUAGA